CUGGCAACAUAGUGUUUUCUUCAUAGACUAUUAUGCUAAAUAGCAUUCAAUAAAUCUAUUUUUUUUAUUCUCUACCAAAUAACAUUAUUUAUUCUCUGUUGUUGCUAUCAGACACCUACGUAACAAUCAAAUCAUCAACUAAUAAUUUAUUUAAUUAAAAGAAAAUAGAAUAAUUAAAAUUAAACUCAUGCUGUACUUCAAGAUGUCUUAUCUGUCGUGUGUCUUAAUUGUCUUGUCAUCAAUGAUGAUUACUGCUACUUGUCAGAUGUUUCAAUACAGUCGAGGUUGGACAAAUGGUAAACGUGAUAAUUCAAAACUUGGAGCUGGUUUACCAAUGGAAAUUAAAGGUAAUCAUCUGGUUACUGAUGGCAAUCAAUUCAUUGACCCUGCCAUUAGCUAUUGUGCUUUUCACAAACUAAGAAUGCUUCUUCAGAAAGAUGAUGGUGAUGAACAAAUUUACUUCUUACCUUGUGAGAGACUGGGUUUCAUAGCGAAAGCAUUUAAAGAUGGAAAGGUACCCAAUCACUAUCGACAUAUAACUGUUAAUGAAGAUAAUAAUGAUAAUAAUGUUGAUAAUUAUGUGACAUCAUAAAGGAUUAAUCAUCAUAAAACUAUAUAAUAUUCAUGAAUUUAUAUAGAGUAUUAUCCUGGAGAGUUGAAAAAGCUUUUUCAAUACACUAAUGAAAUGUUGCUGAUGGAAUAGAUAAUUACUCUUAGACAAAGAUUUCUUAGUUUUUUAUCAUUUUGUUUCAUUGAUUUUUCAAGACAUUUAUCUGGUAAAGCAGUGAUUCUAUGAAUCUAGACUUGAACAUUUGAUAAUUUAAUAAAGAUCCAUUAUUUUGAUUUAAAUAGCAACAUUAACAUCAAGAUCUUAAUAGCUAACUUGAAUGAGUUGUUGAACCAAGAGUUGCUGCAUUCUUUCACAUCAAUGAAGUCAACUUAUCAAUUAGAUGAAAUGAAAUAAAUA